AGCGCAGCGGUCGUGCGGGCGUUAAUUAUAAAUAAAACACGAAAAAGGCAAAAAUAAUAAGGAUUUAAAGUUCCUCAAUCGCUUUGAUUACUUUGUCUUCACACUCGGAGUCGGAUUAGCAGCCGUCUCUGUCUACAGUCCGUGGAAAAACCUUCCCUCCUCCUCCCUUCUCGCCUGGCCGAGUCUCAUUAGCCCCGUUCAGGCGCGCCCCCUGCGCGUUCGUGUUCUCGUGGACGCGCGCGGUGAGGAGUCCUCGUGGUUUGUUGAGUGAGUGAGUGAGUGAAUGAGGAGGACGAUGGUUGGAAGAUGAUGAUCAAAAGCUCCGAUUUAACGCAGUAAUCGAUCGUUUUUAUGCGACUGGAGUUUGGUGGCUUCUUGCUUGGCUUUGUUUGUUUUGGGCUGCUCCUGGAUCUCCUGGACCUCCGAGGAGCUUUUGUGAGCGCAUGGCUUUUGUUUGAGGAAACAAACGGGACAAUAACAUCGGUUCUCCUCUUUCUUCUCGCUCUCUGUCUGGGGGAAGCAGCCCCGGGGCGUUCUCCUUUCUCCUCCGCUGGUUCCAGGUUCUACCUUCUCCAGGAUGUCUUCUUCUGCCAGGGUGGAUUAUAUUGCUCCUUGGUGGACCUACUGGCUUCAUAAUUUCCCUCAUGUCAACCUGAGGCUGCAGUCUAUUGAGAACACCUUCAAACCCCAAGAUGAGGACUACCAGCAGUCUCUGAUGUUCCUGUUCUGUGUGGCGGCGGCUGGUCUGGGGUUGAACCUGCUGGCUCUGGCGGUUUAUCUGAGCUGCCUGUGCUGCUGCAGAAGGGAUGAAGAAGCUGAGGAGACAAAGAAGCCCAACUCCUGCUGUGUCACCUGGUCAGCCGUGGCUGCUGGACUGCUCAGCUGCGUCGCGGUUGGAGUGGGUUUCUAUGGCAACAGCGAGACCAAUGACGGAGUGUACCAGCUGACCUACUCCCUGUACAAUGCCAACCACACCCUGGCAGGAGUGGAGAACCUGGUAAUGGGCACUAUGGGAGGAAUGCAGAGCGGGCUGAAGGAGCACCUUUCACGAUUGGACGAGAUCUUUGCCACGCGAGGGGACUUCGUGCAGACACUUCAGUUCAUGCAGCAGAUGUCGGAUAAUGUCAUUAAACAGCUUCUGGGGCUGCCAGACUGGGAGCAGGCCAAAGUGGACCUCGCUGCCAUCGCUGACCAGACUGCCUUCGUGGAGUAUUACAGGUGGUUGACGUAUCUGCUGAUACUGAUCCUGGAUCUGGUCAUCUGCCUGGCAGCGUGUCUCGGUCUGGCCAAACAGUCGCGCUGGCUCCUCACCACGAUGAUGGUGUUCGGUGUUCUAACUCUGAUCCUGAGCUGGGCGUCUCUGGGAGCAGAUAUAGCGACAGCUGUGGGAACCAGUGACUUCUGUGUGUCUCCAGACAAAUUCAUCAUGAACCAGACCAAAGACAUGGUCAGCUCAGAAAUCGUCCAUUAUUAUUUAUACUGCAGCCAGACGCUCCCCAACCCCUUCCAGCAGUUUGUUUUGCAGUCCCUGACAGUUUUCCAGCGAUCACUGACCACCAUGCAGAUCCAGGUCCAGGGGCUGCUGCAGUUCGCUGUGCCUCUGUUCCCCACGGCUGAGAGAGAUUUGUUGGGUAUCCAGCAGCUGUUGAAUAAUUCAGAAGGAAGCCUGCACCAGCUGACCGCCCUGCUGGACUGCAGAGGACUCAAUAAGGACUACCUGGACGCUCUGAUGGGCGUGUGUUAUGAUGGAGUGGAGGGUCUGCUGUACCUGUGUUUGUUCUCUCUGCUGGCUGCUGGUGCCUUCUGUACGAUGCUGUGCGCUAUUCCACGCGCCUGGAGGCAGAUCGCCAACAGAGAGCGGGAUUAUGAUGAUAUAGACGAGGAGGACCCCUUUAACCCGCGUAUCCGGCGAUUAGGUUCCCAGCAUGUUCAGCAGGGGAACCUGCACAGUUUCUGCAGCUACAGUAGCAGCAUGGGCAGCCAAAACAGCCUGCACCCCCCUGCCGCUCCGGCAGCCUCGGCCGCCUCGGCCACUUCAAACGCCCCCGUCAACGAAUACAUGAAUCAGACGGCUCUGUUUGGUGGUAAUCCACGAUAUGAGAAUGUGCCUCUAAUAGGCAGAGGGUCUCCUCCUCCUUCGCUAAACUCUCAGCCAUAUAGAAACUGCUACUCCCCGAGUAUGAGAGCCACCUACCUCUCCAUGACCGAGGACCAGAUGAGGCACUUCGGGGAGGAUUUCAGGGCCUAGAGUUCAUCUCCUAACCUUCAUCAUCAUCAUCUUCGUUUUCAUCUUCUUCAUCACCACCCAGCGUGGGUGAACGCUCACCUCAGAAAGGAGAACCUGCGAAGAACCGCCACGUCUGUCUGUGUGUCUGUGUGACUGCAGUGAGUUCGCUGGAGCACGGUCUCGGGUUUGGGACGUACGUAAAGUCGUGUGCAAAAGUUUAAGCGCCCCCGUCCAGUUCCAUCUGUAAUAAUCUCAGGCUACGUUCACGCAGCAGGUAAAAGUGGGCCACGUCUGAUUUUCUCACCAAAUCUGAAUUUUUGUUUGGCUGUUCACAUUUAUCUUCUAAAUGUGAUCUGUAGGCGACAUCAGUCUGAACAGAUCAGCUCCUAAACCGGCCCACAUGCGCAGAAGAACAGAGCUUCGUGAGGCAGCUUGUCCAGAGGUAAACAAUCACGACUGCCAACGAACGCCAGUCGCUCCCGGAGCUUUCAGCUUCAUCUUCACCAGCAUCACAGGAGCGAUUAUGAAGUUCCAGCGUUUGACAGCUGGGCUCAUCACCCAGAGUGUGUUUGAGUUCGCUGUAAAAAGGGCACGUUGUUUGGCCAAGGCCACUUCUUUGGUUCGUGUCCUCUUUGAUGUUGCUGCGCCGGUCUCGUCCGGCCGCGUUCGGCCGUUUCGUUCAAAACCUCUGAGAUGAGUGUCUUCUGAGUUUUUGUACAGAAACAUCAGGCUAAAUGUUUGAGUCUCUGCAGCACUAAAUUAUGAUGAAUGUGGAGUCGGACCGACGUAAAAGCCACAUGAAUUCCGAUCUGGCUGUUCAGACGGAGUCGCAUCACCGCAGAUUGGAUACGGAUCGGAUUUCAGUACCACAUAUGAAAGCGUCUCAAAUCGGAUUUGAUAAUGUCAGAUUCAGUGUGUUUAUCUGUUCACACUGACAGUCAGACACACAGCUGUGUCACAUACGGAGAAAAUGAUCAGAUUUGGGCCACUUUUACCUGCUGAGUGAACAACGUGAAAAUCAUCUGAGCUGGGCUGGG